UUGGACCUCUUGUUCCCCACGCCUUGUGGGCCGUGGACGAGAUCAUAUAAAUAGUCAGCUGCGUUAGCGGACCGAAGGACGGACGACCGUGUGCUGCAGGCAACAUGACUUCAUCAGUGUGGGCAUUGCUCUGUUUCAUUGGCAUCCUGGCAUCGGGAGCUCUGGGAGCACGGGAAUUUGGCUCAGACAACCGGAAGAUUCACUCAAUUAGACCUUCGAUACCACGACUGUCCCCGCAAGUCCCCCCGAGGGUCUAUGAGCGCUUUGAAGAUAUCAAAUCUAUUGAACAAACCUCUGACGAAGCACCGAGUGCUGAAACCUUUCAAGAGGUCCAGCUGGGUGGUUACACACCCCGAGGCUUCCAGCAGCAGGGUGCCAGACCCGGUGCCAACAACUACCUGACGCAGGAGAGACGGAGAGGAGACAGUGGAGCUGGUGGCACUAAUUCCAGGUUUGAUCGCUAUCAGCCCUCCCACCAGCAGCCGCCAGCGAACAGCCAGCCGCUCUCACAGCUGCAACACAAAGCUGCACCACUUGCAUCUUGGCAGUCUGCUCGAAACCCGAGUGGCUCUUCUGCAUCCAUCAGAACUGUUGCAGCAACAAGGUCUAAUUGCAGAAACCGUCCUAUAGACUUGGUGUUCAUCAUAGACAGCUCCCGCAGUGUACGCCCUGCUGAGUUUGAGAAGGCCAAGGAGUUCCUGCAAGACAUGGUGGACAGCUUAGAGAUUGGCUCAGACUCCACACGAGUUGGCCUCGUCAAUUAUGCUAGCACAGUGCAGAUUGAGUUUCUACUGAAGACGUAUUUUGACAAGUCUGCCCUGAAGCAGGCUCUGGCUCGUGUUGAGCCCCUCGCUUCAGGCACCAUGACCGGCAUGGCCAUCAAGACUGCCAUGGAGAAAGCUUUCACCUCAGAGGCAGGAGCCAGAGCUAGCUCCUCGAACAUUGCCAAAGUAGCCAUCAUAGUGACGGACGGAAGGCCCCAGGAUAAGGUAGAGGAUGUAUCGGCAGCAGCUCGGACAUCUGGGAUCGAGAUCUACGCAGUGGGAGUAGACAGAGCUGAUAUGACGUCCCUCCGCCUCAUGGCCAGCCAGCCACUUGAUGACCAUGUUUUCUAUGUGGAGACCUAUGGUGUCAUAGAGAAGCUCACUUCCAAAUUUAGGGAAACCUUGUGUGGUUUGGAUGCAUGUGCUCAGGGACACAAUUGUCAGCACAUUUGUGUCAACAAUGGCAACUCAUACAACUGCAAGUGUCGUGCAGGCUAUGUCUUGAACCCGGACAAGAAAACAUGCUCACGUUCGGAUGCCUGUGCCCAGGGACAUGACUGCCAGCACAUUUGUGUCAACAAUGGUAACUCAUACACCUGCAAGUGUCGCGUGGGAUAUUUGUUGAAUGCAGACCAGAAAACAUGCUCACGUUUAGGUUUGGAUGCAUGUGCCCAAGGGCAUGACUGCCAGCACAUUUGUACCAACAAUAGAAACUCUUACAUCUGCAAGUGUCGAGUCGGAUACGUGUUGAACAUGGAUCAGAAAACAUGCUCACGCUCAGAUGCAUGUGCUCAGGGACAUGACUGCCAGCAUAUUUGUAUCAACAAUGGGGACUCAUACAACUGCAAGUGUCGAGUGGGAUAUGUGUUGAAUGCAGACCAGAAAACAUGCUCACAGGAAAUGAGGGGUGAAAUAACUCAAGAUGCCUGCAUGUGUGAAGCUCAGAUUGUGUUCCAGAAAAAAGUACAGUCAACCAUUCAGGAGCUGAGCAGAAAGCUUAUUGAACUUUCAAACAAAGUGGACCUAAUUGAGGACCAACAGCAGUAUUAAGAACAACAAGGAAGAUGUCAGGGGACAUGUUCAGGACUAGCAGUAGAUCUGAUUUUUUGAGCAUAUGAAGUCAUCUUUGAUCCUCCAAAUCUCCCAGUGUUUCAGUAAAACUGUCUAUGAUUUGAUAGAGGUGUGCAUAAUAUUGAUUUCUCAUGCAGUGAACUGUUGGCAUUACUGUUUUGUAAAUCUGCAUUUUGCAUUUACAACACUGUUCUUACUUCUUACAGUAAAGUCAGGAAUAACUGGUCUAAAUGUAUAUUUGUUAGAAAUGCUACAUUUCCUCCAUUGAGUUAAAACUCAAACAAUGUAAGAUAACCAGAUAAGUUAUAGAAUAGAUAUAGCUGCAAACUUUAUAAAGUAUAUAAGUAAAAAUGUAAGAAAAAUGUUAAAAGUUUACUUUUAUAAUGAAUGUUUCUCAUGGGGAAAGUGUUUUACUACAUACUUGUUGUGUAUUUACUGCUCUGACAGUAUUUGUUUAUCAGCGUUCUUGCGUUCUUGGUAGAACACAAAGUCUCCAUCCAUAACUAUAACACAACAACUAAUCUCUUAUGCAACAAGAGCAUUGUUGUUACCCUUCUGAUUGCAGCACUCAGGCAGAGAAAAGACCGAAAUAAAGCCUGAUCCAAUUGGCCCAUUACAGUGUUACAUCACAGUGAAUUACUAUAAUCCUUUCAUUUGAAAUAUUUUAAAAACUGCACAGUGUUGAUUGGCAAUUAAUGUUUGUUAUAACAGACAGUUGCAAUUGCUUUGGGGGGAGAGGGGAAACUAUUUAAGGAGUUCAAGGGGGAUUGUCCCGCUUCAGUAGUUUGCACACUUGGCAAGUCGAUGACCAAAAUCCUGGCCUGACUAUUUUCAAUGCACUAGGUUUUGAAAUGUUGAGAUUUUCAGUUAAGAUCCACUCAGACUUUGUAACUAAUUUCAAUAUACAGUAUUUUCUUUAUCAAAUAAUACAUACUUCUACUGUGUUUUCUACUUUGUCAUUGCCAUGGAAAACAUGUGAAACAGAGUGAAAUGAGUAAUAUGGUGGUGUAGGUUUCUUUGUAUAAACUAACAGUUGUGUGCAUGACAUAUUUUGGUGCUUUUGUGACAUAUUUGGAAAUAUUUUCUCUUGUGAGUGGAGUUGUAUUUGCACAUGUGAAAUAAACAAUAUGAAAAAUUGAUAAUAUACAUAUCUUACAGUAUUGUGUGUUUUACACUUUAGUAACAAGCCACUUUUAGUAUCUCACAACAAAUCAAUCUGUCUUAUCUAUAUUUUAUUGUUUUGCAUC